UCAGUUCAGCUUAAGUUCUACAAGCUUACCAAUUAACUAACAAAACAAAAUGAAAUUCCUGUCGGUUGCAUUUCUGCUUGGUCUGCUGGCUUUGGCUAGUGCCACGCCCUUGAAUCCUGGCAACGUGAUUAUCAACGGCGAUUGCAGAGUGUGCAAUGUUCAUGGCGGCAAAUAAACAUCUGAUGAAAUCGAAUUGCACAUAGACCUGAUCAUUACUCAACUAUCUGGCUCUAUGGAUUACUACAGCAAUAUGUUCAUUAUCAACAAUAUAUAUAAUUAUUUCCAACUAUGUAGUCACAUAAAUACUUGUUGUCUACAAAAUCAAUGACAAGCAAAAUCACCUAAAUAAAAAUAACUCAAUUUAAUAUAAUCAACCACAUUUUUAAAUCUUUGAUUUUAAAUCGCCUCAGGAACUCUUUUAAA